AUGCUAGGGAAGUUCAUUCAGAAAAAAGAAAAGCCAUGCAAUGUGCAAAUGACAGAGCCAACAAGUGAAAUAAUUCAGAGCAGCGACAAGCAUGUCGGCGCACACCUUUCUAUCCAGGGUGGAAUUGAGUUGGUCUUUCAAAAGAUGCAAAGCCUAAAAGCACGCGCAGCUGCAUUUUUUCUAAAGCCACAAAGAACUUUUACUACAAAACCGUUUUCAAAUGAAACCAUCCAUGCAUUUAGAAAAGCAGAUACACACGAAAAGCUGCUUCCGCACGGAUCUUAUCUGAUAAACUUGGCGCAGCCGGAUAAAGAAAAGCUAGAGAAGUCAUAUAAUCUAUUUCUUGAUGAGCUAGUUCGGUGUGAGCAGCUUGGAAUCCCCAUGUGCAACAUCCACCCAGGAAGCAAUGUGGGAAAACUCCCAAUUGAAGUUGCAUGCCAGAUGAUUGCCGAUAAUAUAAAUAAAGCACAUAGCUCAACAAAAGAGGUUAUUGUUGUAAUAGAGAACAUGGCAGGGCAGGGAAAUACUGUAGGCUCAAAGUUUAAGGAGCUAAGGAUGAUAAUUGACGGAGUCACCAAUAAAGAUAGGAUUGGGGUGUGUCUUGACACAUGCCAUCUUUUUGGUGCAGGAUACGAUAUUACUACAAAAGAGAAAUUUAAAAAGGUGAUGGACGAGUUUGACAAUGUAGUUGGCAUUGAGUACUUAAAAGGUGUGCACUUAAACGAUAGCAAAGAGCCACUUGGCAGCAAAAGAGACAGACACGAGUCUAUUGGAAAGGGUCUUAUUGGUCUAGAAGCAUUUUCGUAUAUUAUGAACACGUCUAUUUUUAAUGGAAUUCCAAUGAUACUGGAGACACCAGACCCCGAAAAAUAUGCGUCUGAAAUAAAGCUUCUUUAUUCUCUGAUCGAAAGCAAAUAA